AUCUACGGCCUCUCAUCACAUCACAUCGCCUACCAGAUUUCACUCUUCUAGUCCUACACCCAAGAUGCACACCACCACCCUCUUCACCCGAGUCAAGCAGCACUCACUCUUGUUCCUGCUCUUCUUCCCGACCCUACUCUCCCUAACACCACUAGCCUACUACACACUGGGCUACCCUCUUCCCAAACUUCUGCACAUCCCUACCUACCAUCUCACCUCCAUCCAUCUGCUCAUCCUCUGCAUCAUCACCGCCCUUCUGCUGGCCGAGCACCUACCCAAAAUCCCACGCAUCGCAAUCCUCGUUCUCUACAGCGCAUAUGUAUUUCUGCGCUGGGCAGUCUGCGGUGCAUGGACAUGGUUCCAGGGCAUGCCAGCGCACAUCGCACUUGAGGACCGUGGAAGGACCGUGGAACACCGGGUCAAGCACCUCGAGAAGGUAGUCGUCGGGUUGCAAAUCGAGCGUAAGUCGUGCAAUCUUAUGCCAUCCCCCUUGAUCUUUCAUGACUGAUAGUGGUGCAGAAACUCGUCUCGACGCCGAUCUCCGCAUUGCAU